ACAAUUCCAUAAUAAUAUUAUUAAAUUUUAUGGAAUUGCAAAAUUUGAUCCAGAAAACCAAAAUUCUCAAUCAAAUAAUUAUUUGCUAGUGAUGGAGUAUGCUGAAUCUGGUCCUCUUAAAAAUUAUUUAAAGGAAAACUUCAAUAAUCUUACAUGGAACGAUAAAUAUAACUUUGCAUACCAAUUAGCCUGUGCCGUGUCAUGCUUACAUAAUGAAGGAAUAGUGCAUCGUGAUUUGCACUCGGGAAAUGUAUUGGUCCAUCGAAAUAUUAUCAAAUUAUCUGACUUUGGGUUAUCAAAGAGAAUUGAAUCAUCAUCCAACACACAGUCAAAACUUUUUGGAAUAAUUCCUUACGUUGAUCCAAACUCAACACAAAUAUUUUCGUUAAAUGAAAAAAGUGACAUCUAUAGUGUUGGUGUAUUAUUCUGGGAGAUAUCUAGUGGUCAACUUCCCUAUUAUUCUAAAAGUGAACAAUAUGAUAUUGAUUUGGCUUUAGAAAUUUCACAGGGUCUUAGAGAAGAACCCGCUCCCAAUACGCCUAAAGAUUAUGUUGAAAUUUAUACUGAAUGUUGGAAUGGCGAACCAGAUAAACGCCCAACCAUAAAUCAAAUAGUAGAAAGAUUAAAGACAAUUAUGACAAAAACAAACAUAUCAAUGGAAAAUGAUCAAACAAUAUUAAGUUUUCAUUCAACAUUAACAGAGGAACUAAAUUUUAAUCCAACUAAUACUGAUACUUUAUUGAAUGUUGAUAAUUCAUUACAUGGGGAAAUGUCUCAAAUUAUACAAAAUUUUGAUAAAAUGAACACAAGAGAAAUAGUACCUACAUCAUUAACAAAUGAAAAUGAAAAAAAAUUAAAUAAAAUAGUUAAUGAUACAGUAAAUUACACUUUCAAAAUAAUUAAUGAAGGAAAAGAAUCAACGCAUAUCAAAAAUAAUAAAGAUAUUCUUGAUUAUUUUGAUAAUAAUAUAAAUUCACAAGAAAUUUAUUAUUUACUAUUAACUAAUCAAAAUAAUUUAGAUUCUAUAUUCUUACUUGGAUAUUUUAAUUAUUUAGGAAUUGAAACAGUCGAAGAUGAUAAGAAAGCAUUUGAUUUAUUUAUUGACGCAUCAGAACAAGGUCAUAUAUUAGCACAAUUUUAUGUUGGAUUAUGUUAUGAAAUUGGCCGUGGAACUGUAAAAGAUGAAAAAUUAGCUUUUAAAUAAGGUAAAUAGAUAAACUGUACUGUACGGUCAGCUAAACUGUACUGUACGAAAAUAUUUUAGCCAAUCAUAACUCAUUGUAUACUUUUCAAAUUUUUUAAAUUUUUUUUAUUUA